CGCAUGUGGCCACAGCGGCUCGUGAGCUUGAAGUGAGUGUAGCGUCAGGAAGCGAGACGGCCGAACCGUUUAGCGGAAAGUUUACCUGGAAAAAAAGAAGAAGAAAAAACUCCAAACCGAACCGGACUCAACUCAUUUGCGGCCUAUUAAGCGUAACAUGGCAGCCGAGGGCGUCGAUCAGAUGUCGAUCAAAGAGCUAUAUGUGUCUGAUAAACAGGGCAGUGAUUUGGAUGGAGAUGGAUCGGAGCAAAAGCCCUUUAAAACUCCACUCAAGGCACUGUUGUUUGUUGGAAAAGAACCUUUUCCAGUGAUCUAUGUGGACUCACAGAAUGAAGGAGAGCGUUGGGCCGUCAUCUCUAAGACUCAAAUGAAGAACACAACGAAACUCUUUAAUCGAGAGCAAAUGAAGGGUGAGAGCAAAGAUAAGAAGGAGGCUGAAGAUGCUGAACGCAGAGAGAAGAAUCUGGAAGAAGCUAAAAAGAUCAUCAUCAAGAACGAUCUCAGCCUUCCUGAACCAAAAACCGUGAAGAUUGAUAAGCUGGAGGCGCUCAGAGAGCAAAGGGUGAAGGUGUUUGGUUGGGUCCAUCGGUUACGCAGACAAGGAAAGAACCUCCUGUUUAUUGUGCUACGUGACGGAACCGGUUUCCUGCAGUGUGUUCUCACGGACAAACUGUGUCAGUGUUAUAAUGGACUGGUGUUGUCUACGGAGAGCACUGUUGCUCUGUAUGGAACCGUGAAACCUGUUCCUGAGGGCAAACAGGCUCCAGGCGGCCAUGAGCUGCACUGUGAUUUCUGGGAGCUGAUCGGUCUCGCUCCGGCAGGCGGCACCGAUAACCUGCUGAAUGAGGAGUCUGACGUGGACGUGCAGCUGAACAACAGGCACAUAAUGAUCCGUGGGGAAAACGUCUCCAAGAUCCUGAAAGUCCGAUCCGCUGUCACACAGUGUUUCCGGGAUCAUUUUUUCAGCCGGGGAUACUGCGAGAUAACUCCGCCCACUCUGGUGCAGACGCAGGUGGAGGGCGGCUCCACCCUCUUCAGCUUAAACUACUUUGGUGAGAAUGCAUAUCUGACACAGUCCUCUCAGCUCUACCUGGAGACCUGCAUCCCUGCGCUGGGCGACACCUUCUGCAUUUCCCAGUCAUACCGCGCUGAGCAGUCUCGCACCCGCAGACACCUGGCUGAGUACACCCACAUUGAGGCUGAGUGUCCCUUCAUGACCUAUGAAGACCUUCUGAACCGGUUGGAGGAUCUGGUGUGUGACGUGGUCGACAGGGUCCUGAAGUCUCCUGCUGCGCAGCUGCUCUACGAUCUCAACCCGGUACGACACCUGACCGCACAUACAGAGGGGAAAAAAAUUAUUUGAUCCCUUGAUGAUUUU